UCAUUCCGAUCCUGCGACCGAAAGGCGCUCUGGUAUUUUCUCGAUUUAGACAGGAAGCUCGUCAACUCAGAGGAACCGAGUACUCUCCACGAUUCCAAUAACCUGUCACUGCAAUAGAAACACUUAUUCGUGUUAUUGAUGCUAGUGGCAGAUCAUUUGGGAAUAGAAAUCGGGUUCGCGUUCUUUAGAAUCAACCACACAAGCAGACGGUCGCAAUGACGUCUCAACAAGUCCUCUUCUCCGAAACCAUCGCCGCGAUGAAAAAGGCACGCAAGCGGAAGGCAUAUGAUUCCGAUUCCGACGAGGAGGUUCAUUACCAUGGAAACCGAGGUCAUAAAUUGAUGAAGAGGGCUCGUUUUGUCCACGAAGGACAACUGGCGCCACCUUCCGGACCUGAAGUAUACAAGGAGGUUGUCAAUCAUGCCGGUUACCAGAGAGCGAUUAUCAGCCGAAACCCCGUCCUUAUCGACGACGAAGGUUAUGAAAUUGACAGUGACGAUGACCAAGAUUACAUCCAAGACGUUACCGACACAGCAGCUGAAUUCAACCCGUACGCGAACGUGCGACUCGAAAACAUUCUUGCGCCUCUUACCUCAGUUACUGAUCUCCCCACACAUCCGACUCUAUCGCGACCGUACACCAGUAAAACCCUGACAGAUCUAGCGAAGCAGGGCUGUAAUAUCAUGCAGAAAGAAAACGCCGCACUUUGGAAAGUUAAACACUUACAAACAAAGCUUGUUGGUGACCACAUCUGGGCACCCUGCGAGCUUAUGCUUGGUCCGAAUGACAUAGAAUACUAUCGUAAUGAUUACAUGGACUAUAAUAGCCAGGCGCCAGGGUCUGUCAAGUCGGAUGCCAAUGCACUGUCGCCCGAAGAUGCGCGAGCCAGAGCUAGCAAAAGUGCGAAGACAGCGGCGAAAGACGAGGUUCCCACAGGUGUUAACGAAAAAGCGCCAACUAAUGGGGAACAGCCAGAGAAUGGCGACACCACAAUGGUCGAUGCUGAGUUACCAGUUGACACAAAUACCAUGACACCAGAGUCUGAAGCGCGAAAUAGGAAGGUUGUUAGUGGAGACAACGGACAAGACAUUGUCCCCGGUAACAAGAGCUCGAAAACGGAUUUGGUUGAGAACGGGCAAAGCGCGGCUACCGAUAGUAUCAAUGGGGUCAAAAAUCUGCAUAUCGCUGAUCAUGUUAACGGGUCAGCAACCAAUAGCGUCGUAGCGUCUGCCAAACAAGGAGAUGCCGAAAAGGCAGUCCAGGCCAGCAAAGGCGCUGAGCAUGGGGAUAGCCGUGCAGGCUCGGUGAUGUCGGAAUUUACAGAUGAACCCCCUAUACAUCCUCUCUUUCUACCACCCCGAUCGGCUCGCCCUGAUCGAGACCUAGGAAUUCCAGAAGCAGAAGCGGAGGAUAUGCGAAGGUUGCUACAAUCGUAUGUGCAGAAGCAGGAAGAGGUGUGUCGAGGAGCCAAGCGGCUAUACGAAGGGCUCCUCCGAGCAGACCGGAUGCGCAAGACAGUUCUGCAAUGGGCCAAGUAUGAAGCGCAUGUCGGAGCCAAUCGGGAUAUGUCGGAUGGGGAGGACUGGUACGAUAAGGAGGAAUGGGGGCUGGAGGACGAUCUCAAGAAAGGCCAAGAUGAGGAGGAAGAGGAUACGACCCAGACGACGAAGAAGACGAGGACACGGAGGUGAUGAUGGUCAGGGUCGGUUUGUUUGUGGGAUUGUUAGUUAUCGGAUACCCGAGGAGACGGUUGGCCUAUGUCCAGUUCUCAAAUCAAAUGAAAGAGCUCUGUUUCACCUAUCCAUUGUUCACCUACUCCGUGCUAUGUGGUCUGUGGAGACCACCCCAGACUGUCAAGUCGUCUCAACUGUGAUUUCAGAACCGGGAAUAUUGUAACAACCAGCCCAGAAUUGCUUUGAUUUGCAUUAUUUGGUGGCAUGAGAUCAGCGUCCAUUCGUUGGCCGACUGUACGUACAGCAAGCUAUUAGAAAAGCCACAAUUGUGGCUUAAUUGUGGCACGUGCAUUCUGAUGGUGUACGGCUAAGGUUGUAGAGAGGGGCUCUGUGUCUUCGAGGUAGUGGAAGGUUUCGCUGCUGGUCCC